GCAAAAAUCGCACAGUUAUUGUAAAUGUGGCGGUGGCAUGUAACGUGCGAUAUUUCUAUCAAGUGCUGUGUGUGAUAAUUUGUUAUAGUGACAGAACCAGAAGGUGACCGGUUGUCCCUGGAAGGUCGCGGUAGACUGUAUAUGUGCGGUGCCGGUACAAUGUGGCGCUUCAGUAAGUUGCGGCUCCUCUGCAGGGCACCGCGGUGUAUGGGGAGGGUCGCCUAUGGAGGAAAAGUGCGGGGUCCUCAGCUCCUCACCACCCCCAUAUUCUAUGUGAACGCCGCUCCGCACCUCGGACACGUGUACUCCGCCCUGAUGGCUGAUGUGCGGCACCGACAUGCCGCACUGUGUGGACGGGACUCGCGGCUGAGCACCGGCACUGAUGAACAUGGCAUCAAGGUUCAACAAGCCGCCACCGCUGUGAAUUUGGACCCCUCAGACUUUUGUACCACUGUUUCCCAGCAGUUCCGCACAAUGUUUGACACGAUGGCCAUCUCCUACACAGACUUUGUGCGCACCACAGAAUUUCGUCAUGCACAAGCAGUUUGUCACUUUUGGAAGAAGCUGGAAGAAAAAGGAUAUAUCUAUAAGGGGACGUACCAGGGAUGGUAUUGCACCUCCGAUGAAGCUUUUUUAAGUGAGGAUCAAACUGUGGAGAGCAGAGAUGCAGAAAACAAAAAAAUUAGAGUGUCAGCUGAUAGCGGACAUCAGGUACAUUGGAUGAGUGAGGAAAAUUACAUGUUUAGACUAUCUCAGCUACGUCCUAAACUCCUUGACUGGCUUCAGACCGAACCAAUCCAUCCUGCCCCAUUUCUCCGUAUUGUUCGCCAAUGGCUGGAGGAUGAGUUACCAGAUCUUUCUGUGUCUCGCCAACGGAAUAGAGUAUCGUGGGGAAUCCCUGUCCCUUCUGACCCAUCCCAUACUAUCUAUGUGUGGCUGGAUGCCUUGAUCAACUACUUAACAGUUGCUGGAUAUCCAGAUCAAAACUUGGCUCCCUGGGGACCCUCAACACAUUUGCUUGGCAAAGAUAUUUUGCGCUUUCACGCCAUAUAUUGGCCAGCUUUCUUAUUAGCAGCAGAUCUUCCCCCACCCAAAAAAUUACUUGUCCACUCUCACUGGACCAGUAAUGGGGUGAAGAUGUCAAAGAGCCUUCAGAAUGUUGUGGAUCCUACAGAAUGCAUCAAGCAGUAUACAAGAGACGGGCUACGAUACUUCUUACUUCGCCAUGGUUCCCCUGAGCGAGACUGUGACUUUACACACCAUACUGUUCGUAAAUUGUUAAACUCUGAACUUGCAGAUGCACUAGGUGGACUUUUAAACCGAUGCACUGCACGCACAAUAAAUCCUGGACAAUGCUGGCCAUAUUAUCAGUGCAAAAGUGUACCGUCUGCUGCACAUGAUGAAUUGCAGAGGCUGCUGGGAGCUGUAAAAGAGCUGACUAGACAGGUAGAUCAGUACAUGGAAAGAUUUCAAGCAAACAAAGCCUUAGAAGCGAUCGAUAGCUGUGUGCGGUGUUCUAAUGCUUUUUUCCAGAGUCAGGCACCGUGGAAGUUGUUUAAGGGAGGAGAAGAAGAUAAGGCAUGGGGACAGUCUGUACUAUACCUUACCCUGGAAUCAUUACGCCUCUAUGCUACUCUUCUUCAGCCUGCAGUUCCUGGUCUAGCUAAAACAAUACUGGAUCGACUUGGUGUUCCUGAUGUGUACAGAACUCUAAAAGGAAAUCAUUUCUUUGCAGCAACUUUGGGUGAAAAAUGUUACUUUCAAGGUCAGACUUUGGGGUCAGAAUGUGGACUUUUGUAUCAAAGACUAGAGGUGGAUAAGGAAUAAUACGGACUGACUUCAAUAAAAUAGAAUUAAAGAAAACAAUGUAUAUGAUUGAAAAUUCAUUGUGUACAAAUGAGAGAAAGAAGUGUGACAAAAUAGGUAAUGCUGAGACCUUCAGAAGAAACUUCCUGUAAUAUAGGAAAAAAUAUGGUAGGAUUCCACAGGAAAGAAACAAGGUAGUAAAUAUGUUCCUACUUCUGGAUUGGUGGCCAAGUGCUCUGAUCUGUGCGUACCCUGAACACUGUGUUGAGAUAAAAUCAAAAUAAGUUCGUCCCUCUUGGUCACCAGUUUGUAAAUGUUUUACA